AUGCCUGCAGACCAGAACAGCUUCGACCGACGUGCUGUCGAGUUUGACUUUGCUUGCAACGCAUUCAUCUCGGUCAUCUUUGCCAUCAAGCAGCGCAACACGGACGCACUCGCCUCCAAGCUCAAGGCGGUCUCUGACCCCGCCACCGAGGACUAUGGCAAGUACAUGACCGUUGAAGAAAUGGCCAAGUUCGUCGACGGCGAGCCAGACGCUGUCAAUAACGUUGUCACCUCGCUCAUCCUCCGAAACGUCGCCUACCGCAUGCCGGCUGCCAACAACUAUGUCAUUGUGGACAAGAUGCCUCUCGCAGUCGCAUCAGAGCUCUUCAUGUGCAAUGUGGGGAAUGCCUGA